AUUGGGCUUAUCCGAAGAUUAGCACAAGUUAAUUAUUGUUGAUUAGAUGCAAGAUCUGCCUGCCGUGAUUUGGAUCGUCCAAUAACACACAGGCUGCUGCUGCGGCUGCUGUCGUCUUCAGUCAGUCACGCAGACAGUAGUAUAAGACGAGGCACGAUGAGUGUGGAGAAUCAGAUGCACCACCACCCACCAAAGGCACCAACCCAACUCCAAAUUAAAACAAAAACUCAUCAAGUUGCAUGCUGCUUAGUUUCCCUCCUGACUAGUGAAAACGAGCUAGCUGCUGGACACUCGAUCUUGGUUGGUGCCAUGGCUUCCUUGCUGCGGUGGAAGGACAAGUACGUGAAGGAGAGGCUGCAGGGCCUGUCUGCUGGCCUCUCCUGCUCCUCCGCGGCCGCCACCUCCGUCAUCGUCUCCUCCGGCCGCGCCAUCGACCGCCACUCCCCGCGCCUCCGGGACCCUGACAGGCGCUUCCCGCCACCCGUUCCCAAGCCACCCAGCUCUCCUUACCACUAUGACGACGGCAAAGACAAAAGGAAGAAGAAGGCGGCAGCCGACGGUGGAGUCUCGUCGGCGUCGUCGGAGCACAAGAAAAACAAGAAGAAGCAGGCGGUGCAGCUGCAGCAGGUGAGCCCCGCGAGCUCCUCCAGGUUCCUGCUCAACUCGUCCAGGCUGAUGAGGCAGUCCGACGACGACGACAUCGCCGUCGUCGACUACCUGCCGCCGCCGCCGUUCCCGUCGUCCCCGCGGCCCUCGUUCAUCGACGACGACGACGGCAUCACCGUCGCCGACUCCCUGCCGCCGCUUCCGUCCCCGCGACCGGCGUUCAUCGACGACGACAUGUUCCACAGCCGCGGCGAUGGCACGUUGCAGCCUGCUGUUCCAUCAGGGCCCCACCAGCUCGAGGCUCUGCCGCCCGUGGAAUUAUUCGCGGAGCCGUCUGCAGGUGCCGGGUCGUUCUCCUCCUCCUGGUCGUCGUCGGAGAAAGGACGCCGUGCUGCCGGUGACAAGACUGCUAUGAUGAGAUCGUGUUCCACGAGAACAGGCCAGCACCAGGUGGUGGUGUUGAGGGUAUCUCUGCACUGCAAGGGAUGCGCCGGCAAGGUGAAGAAGCACAUCUCCAAGAUGGAAGGAGUUACUUCUUUCGACAUCGACAUCGCGACGAAGAAGGUGACGGUCGUGGGAGACGUGACGCCGCUCGGUGUGCUCAACAGCAUCUCCAAGGUCAAGAGCGCCCAGUUCUGGCCGGACGCUUUGUCCUCUCUGUCCACGCCGCCGCGUGCCUCCGCCUCCUUCUGAGCUAUACUACUCCCUAUAUAGCUAUAGGUUGACGAACUUGAUGGGCUGGGACACGGUCUUCAAUUCCAACCUUUUGUCCAUAUUGUGAAUUGGAAAAUGUUUGUAAAAUCCAAUCAACUUAUGAUAUUAUGAUAAUUAAAUGCAUUUUGGAACAAGUCAACCUGAUGUAAUUUUACUGUUUCCAGUCCUAAGUAUCUAGAAGAGAAAAGAAUCA